AUGUCCAUGCUCACCAACGAAAAUGAGUUCCGGGUCACGCGCUCACGAACAAAAGGCGCUGAAAACAUCGCCCCAUCGCAUCCAAAACUGGUCCAUUUGGAUACCCUUCCCGGCAGAAAUGGGUCCGUUUCCGCCUCCAAUGCGUCAAAAGAGUCGCUUGUGGAGCGGGGUCGAGACUCCCAGCCAGCCUCUUUAAAAGGGUCCGCUGCGGCUGUCGCCGACACUGCUGGAGGUGCGAAUGGCCGUCCUCAUUUGCGAGAUGUCUCGCGUCAAUUUGGCAUUGCGAAGACAGGACCGCUCCAGCCACCAAAGAAACGACAAUUGGGCUCUUCUGGGACCAAGUUGGGUGGUGGCAGUUCCGUUAGCGGUCCUGUUGGCGGCUCGAUCAGUGGCUCCGACUCAGAGAACGUUGACAUGGAAAACAUCGAACCUGAGGAUCAAAAGGCGUCCUCCAAAGUUUCAAGUAAAAAAGCCAUCUCCGUAAAUAACGCUCGUGCGCCCUUGGAACCUAUUCAGCACCGCUUGCCCCAGAAGAGACAGGCGUCGGAGUCGAGCUAUAACCUAGUAGAAAAACUCCAUCCAGCAAAUAACCAUAACCAUACUCACAGCCAUGACACCCGUGGGGCCAGUGGCGCCGACAUCAUCAACAGCGACUUGACCCACGGAAAGUAUAAAAAGUCGAAGAAAACCGAGUACGAAUGGCAGGACCUCGACGAGGAAGACUUCGAUGACCCGCUCAUGGUCAGUGAGUAUGUCAACGACAUCUUCCCAUACUUGCACGAGCUAGAAAAGAAAACGCUUCCCGACGCGGGCUACUUGCUCAAACAAACUAAUAUGAAGCCCCGCAUGCGCUCCAUCCUCGUAGAUUGGCUCGUGGAGAUGCAUCAACGUUUUCGUCUUUUACCCGAGACUUUGUUCUUGGCCAUUAACAUCAUGGACAGAUUUAUGUCUGUCGAGGUGGUGCAGAUUGAUAAGCUUCAGCUUUUGGCGACGGGCCUGUUGUUCAUUGCUGCUAAAUACGAGGAGGUCUUUUCUCCCUCAGUAAAGAACUACGCGUACUUCACCGACGGCUCCUACACUGAGGAGGAGAUCUUGGAGGCUGAAAAAUACAUUCUCACCAUUCUCAAUUUCGACAUGAGCUACCCGAACCCGAUGAACUUUUUGCGUCGCAUUUCUAAGGCUGAUGACUACGACGUUCAACUGCGUACCUUGGGCAAGUUCUUGCUUGAGGUCACCAUAGUCGACCACAAGUUCAUUGGCCAGCUUCCGUCGCUAUGUUCGGCUGCUGCCAUGUAUAUUGCACGGCUCAUUUUAAGGAAGGAUCCAGUUUGGAACGGGAACCUCAUCCACUACUCUGGUGGUUACAGAGUUGAGGACAUGAAGGAAUGCGUCGAGCUUCUCUUCAACUAUCUCAUUGGGCCCAUUGAGCAUGACGAGUUCUACAAGAAGUAUUCGUCGCGUAAAUUCAUGAAGGCCAGUGUGGUGUGUCGUAGUUGGGCCAAGAAGUUUGUCAACGAACGCAAAGACUUGUUUGACCCUGCAGUUCUCACCACCACCAUUCCGAGUUAG